AGAAGCAUCUCCUAUGUCAUGUGGCGUGACUAACAUCCUAAAUGAGCAGUAUGAGGAGAAAGUGCGUCCCUGUAUCGACCUGAUCGACUCCCUGCGCUCACUGGGCGUGGAGCAGGAUUUGGCUCUGCCAGCUAUUGCUGUUAUUGGGGACCAGAGCUCAGGGAAGAGCUCUGUGCUGGAGGCUCUGUCUGGAGUGGCACUGCCAAGGGGGAGCGGAAUUGUGACACGAUGUCCUCUGGAACUGAAGAUGAAGAGAAUAAAAGCAAAAGAUAAUUGGCAUGGUAAAAUAAAAUACAAAUCAGAGGAAAAGGAAAUUAAGGAUCCCUCUCAAGUGGAGAAAUUUAUUCGAAAAGGUAAGAUGCCUCUUUACGUCUACCUCUACCUCGACCUCUUCCUUGACCUCUGCCUUGGCCUCUUCCAUGGUAUCCUGACAAAGCCAGAUUUGGUGGACAAGGGCACAGAGGAGACAGUUGUGCAAAUCAUCCACAAUAAUGUCAUUCCCCUUGCAAAGGGCUACAUGAUUGUCAAGUGCAGGGGACAGAAGGAUAUUAUAGACAACGUGUCACUUACUGAAGCCUUUGACAAAGAAAAAGCUUUUUUUGAAGGACACAGCCAUUUCGGCAUCCUCUAUGAGGAAGGCUAUGCCAGCAUUCAAAAUCUGGCUAAAAAGCUGACUCUAGAGCUUGUGCAGCACAUUGAGAAAUCCCUGCCCCAACUAAAGAACCAGAUUGAUAGAAAAAUAGCUAAAAUUAAGACAGAGCUGAAGAAGUAUGGAAAUGGACCUCCGACAGAUGCUGAAGAAAGGAAGGUCUUUUUGACUGAUAUAUUGAAUAAAUUCACAGAAGACAUUAAAAACCUGAGCACUGGAGAAGAACUGAAGAAUGGAAAUCUGUUAUUCAUGCUGAGAGCAGUAUUUAGAGAUUGGAAGGAAUUCAUUGACUGUUCUGGGUUAAAAUGUGAGUACAGAAUGCACUUAUUAGUUCUGAGAUCCUCGUACAAUUAUAUAGUGAGGAGAGAAUUUGUACAACUUUCUCAACGGAGCUUCACUGGAUACCCGAACCUCCUCAAAACUGCCAAGACUAAAAUUGAAUCCAUAAAGCAGAGCCAAGCCACCACAGCAGAGGAUUUGCUGAGGACUGAAUUCAAAAUGGAGAAGAUAGUGUACACCCAGGACAAGAGAUACACUGACACCGUAGAGAGGGUCAGAGUGGAAGAGAAGAUGGGGACUGUUUACGGGCAAGAUAUUGUGGCCACACUACAUAAUUUGCAGUGGCAUCUCAAAUCAUAUUAUCGAGUAAGGGAUUCUGGCGGGCAGGAAGAGGGAUGGUACUGCCUGAGGAAGAGACAGGUGGUGAUGCAGUGGCAGAAGCUGGAGGAGUCGGGCAGGCAGACACGAUGUCCUCAAGGUAUCUCUCCAGUUGGGCAAGGAUACUGCAGGGCUCAGUUGGGUCCAUCCUCAGGCAAGAUGUUCUUACAUGGGACAGGUCAGGGAUAGGGGACCUCAACUCAGAGCAAACAGCCAAACACAAGAUGAGAAUCAAAGUAAGGGAUGGAUUCAGAGGUCAAAAAGCCUGAGAGUCUGUCCUAGGGAGUGAAGGGAAAGGCAGGCAUUUAUGCAGAUGUGGGAUGAUCAUCACAAGCCAGCACGCUCAGAAGGGCAGGGGAUUGGGUAGGGCUGAACG